AUAUUUCGUCGUCUGUGGUUCGAAGUCAAUCAUUUUAUGUCACAACACAACAUACAAGUUAACGAAUAACGACCCAUUUUCUUAUAUUUUGAAGUACCUACUCAUUUCAGAAUGAAUAUUUUACCAAAAAAGAGAUGGCAUGUCAGAACCAAGGAUAAUAUUGCUAGAGUACGAAGAGAUGAAGCCAGAGCUGAAGAAGAAAGAAAUGAAAAGGAGGAACGACAAAAGUUUGCCGAAAGGGAAGCCAGAACACAAUUUUUGAGAGACAGAGCCAGAGAAAGGGUGGGAUUGAAAGAUUUUAUACCAUUAUCAUCUAAAAGUGAACAGCCUCAAUCUGAUGGUCAUAUAAAUUUAUUUGAGGAAUUAGAAGAUGGACAGGAAGAAAGUAAAAGAACAAAUAAGGAACAUGAAAAGGAAAAAAAAGAAGAAACUGAAAAAUAUGAGAAACAAAUUGGAUAUCUUACAUAUUUAGGUCAAGAUACCAAUGAAGCUUUAGGAAAAAGAGAUUGGUAUGAUGAGAUUCCAAUUAGAGAUUCUUUUGAUAAAGAUGAAGUGAACAUCAAAAGCAAAUUAAAAGAAGAUCCAUUAGAAAUAAUGAAGAAAUAUAUCCCUUCAAGUUUCAAGGAGAAAAAAACUUCUGGAUACAUAUUCCCAACAAAAAGUGAUAUAACAAUUGAAUAUCCACUGAAAUCUGAGAGAGAACAUAGAGAAAAAGAUCUUAAAAAUAAAAAACGAAGCUUCAAAAGUAAGUCUCACAAACAUAAAAAGAGACGGCGGAACAAAUAUGAUUCAGACUCAAAUGAAUCUGAAAAUGAGAAGACACACAAAAAAUUUAAUGUAUCAGAUUCCUCUGAUGUAUCUAAAAAGAAAAAACUUGAUUUAUUGAGAGCAGAAAGAUUGAAUAGAGAAAGACAAGAAAGGCAUAGGACUGAUUUACUUCUCAAUGAAAUGAAAAGUAUUUCUAACUGUUCAGAAACAAUUCAAAGAAAAUAUAACUCACAAUUCAAUCCCAACAUAGCACGACAAAAUCAAUAUAAUUGAACAUUGACAGUAGAAAGUGUUAAUAUUUACUUUUAAAACAGUUCAAACCAAUAUCUUGCUACAAAAAGAUAUGAUCUGAAUAAAAGAAUACUACUGAAAUAA